AUGCCGCUCACUCGGAUACGGCGAGCGGUCGGUGUCGUAAGUCUCCUCUCUGCUGAGGUCGCUCAUCAACCAGCAUUUGGUGCCGACGCAGCGUCGGGAACGGAGUCGUGCAGAUGUGCAGUGUUGUACUCGGGGCACGUACGAAGCUUCGUACAGCCGCGGGUCCACCUUUCUCACAAGAAGAAUCUGAUCGAGCAACUGGAGAUCGACUGCCAUGUGGAUGUCUUCAUGCACAUAUCAGUCGAAGAUGAGGUUCCGCGCCGGUAUCGCAAAGGCGACUUCGAAGAUGCCCUGGCCUUCACCCCUCAUACUCCCCAAGAAACCGAAGUCGAGCAUGCGGUCGGGCUACUCAACCCACUCUCGAUCGAAUACCACCAGGAGCAAGCAGGCUAUAUCCCCAACGGGUGCGAGACCGGCUGCGAGAUAAACGCCUACUGGCAAUUAUACAAGAUGAAGGCUGUGUUCCGCAUGAUGGAGGAGCACGAGGCCACUACUGGACUGUCGUACACGUGGGUAAUUCGCUCCAGGCUGGACAUCGCGUGGAUGCUCCCGGUGCCGCCGUUGAGUCGAUUCCCGCCGACCCGCGUGUACGCGGGCCACAACUUCUUCCCCCUCUCUGAUCAGUUCCUGCUCUCGCCUCGGAUGUUCGCCCAGAGCAUAUUCGGGGCGGUCAGCCUGUGCUACGAUUGCAAGGCCCUGGAGGCCCAUCGUGAGUCCAAGGUGCCGGCGCAGGUGGAGGGUCUCCUGCGCGUGGCGCUGCGGCGAGGCCACGGCCACGGCGCCGUCCCGUUCGGUUACUACGAGUUCCCCGUGGCGAUCGUGCGGAGCAACGAGGGCGGCGUCUGCGAGGUGUUGCACCCGCACAAGCUUGCGUGCGAGAUGCUGCGGGCGUCCGGCUUGAUGGGCCCCUUGACAGCGGCGACAGGCGGCGGGCAGCCAUCAUCCUGCUUGGACAUGAUGAACCGGUGGCACCGACACGCCUGCGUGGAAAUGUUCCCGCCCCACGACUAUCGUACGGAAGGCGGGUCGGAGGCAACCGCGGACGACAGUGGAGAGGGAAAAAAUGCCAGAUUGGUCGGCGGCGAGCCCGGAGGCGGGAGGGAGCUCCGUGAUGGCGGGAGGGGUGGAAGGGAGGAUGAGCAACGCCAGCCCGCUCCCACGGUUCACCGUAGCAGGGAUGGAGGUGAAGCAGCAUGGGCGGGUGCUGCCGAUGGCACUGCUGCUGCCAAAACCCUGUCCUUCGAAGAGGCCACCCGGCGGGUCGAAGGGGUCAACGGCAACCUCAGCGAUCUACUCGGAGCGAUGAGGAUACACGUCUCCCCUAUGCAAGAACGACUGGAGUACUACGUGGCCCACCACUACCCUUUCCACCAGGUCAACCCCCUCCGCCGGCCCGACCGCGGACCUCUGGAUCAAAUCGCAGUCAUCGAGGGCUACCGACUGUCUCAGGCAGACUUCAACCGGCUCGCCCUUUCUUUCUCGUGCUUCCUGUCGGAUGCCGCCGCCACCGCCGACGGGAAGGAAGGCGGUUCGCCACGAGGACCUGGCGAGAGACGAGGCCAUACUUUCGAUCUUUUCGCCGACGAAGAGGGACAAAGGGAGGUCGCAUCGUCAUCGUCGCAGGUUUACGAUGAUGGUGAGGGAACGGGCGGUAGGGGCGGUGAUGUCGAGGACAUCGAGGAAAACGUCCUGGUGCUGAAAACAACGGCUGACGAAGAGGAAGGACUGCAAGCGGCCGUGAACUGCUCUUUGAUAGAACCGCUCCAUGACGUCUGGGUGUCGUUGCUGGACAAUAAAUUCGAGCCAUCGGAGGAGAUUUGUCGCGGACCCGCCGGGCCUUGCUUGCACACGGCAACGCCGAAAGAAGCCAGCUAGUGUAGACUUUGUACCCUUCUCUCUGAUCAGCACGUGUAACAGGUGUUGCCCUUCUAGUUUUGAUCUUGCAAUCCGAAGCACGUGUAAAUAUCCAGAAAAAAAGUGCUGUAUAGCGUCAGUGUGGGUAUCAUAGCUCUCUCUUGUGUGUUCCCCCCGGAGGACGAGAAUAAGGAACGGCGGGGAGGAACCGGCUGUGAAAACGCUCCCCGUUUUCUUCGAGGUUUCUUUUCAAGCGAAGCCGCUUGUGUUGGACUGGUGGCACAAACAAUUCAAAGAUGUCAUUGUUCGAUGGCAACUUCGAAUCCUACACCCAACCCACGACGUAGACAGCAGCACUCCGUCAGCGCUGACCGAGAACACGUAUACAUAGUUGGUCAGCCCCCUGUCUAGUAACGAGAGAGUGGAUAUCCAGACCCGUGCGUCACCCGCACGCAAUAAGACGUAGAGGAAUUUUUUCACGUCGGAUAACUCCUUCAUCCACACAUCUGUUGAAUACACCGGCGCGCGCCCGAGCGGCCAUUCCAGUCAAAACGCUGUAUGCAUUACAUUCAACCUUACACCUCUUAUUUUUCUCUGUAAACAACGCGAGAGGCGGCAGGCACACAAAAGCUUGGGGUGCGUUGAAUACGCGCCACCUCUUCUCCCACACCAUGGUAGCCUAAAAGCAUGCCCGGGUACGCUCCUACUGGUCCAAACCGCUGGCAAACCAAACGUCGGGGAGGCUCUUAUUUCCUGCACUGCCCAAUUAACGAAACAACAACUAGUUUGAAGGGAAAACACCCAGCUCACACACAGACACGGAUCAGAGUCCAGCACACAUUUUACAUGAGAGACCGGGUGCAUACAAAAACAUAC